AUGGCUAUACCUUCGGCCAACCGCUACAUGGCCUUCAGGCCCGUUGUCCUCGGUUUAGCGAAAUUGUUUCUUCUGGCUUCCGCGCAAAUACCCCUCAUCUCCGCCGCUCCUACAGUCGUCUCUCGCAAUCACUACCAAGCCUUGGGCGGCCAUGAAUUCGACCCCAAACCACCCAGUGACCCGCAAUUAUGGCUCUACCUCGGUGUGGCCACUGCGCUCGUGCUGAGCGGUGGUGCCUUUGCUGGGUUGACCAUUGCUUUGAUGGGCCAGGAUGAGGUCUAUCUGCAAGUCAUCAAAUCGUCAGGCGAUAAAUCCGAACGAAGAAAUGCCGCUAGUGUGCUUCGACUCCUCAAGAAAGGAAAACAUUGGGUUCUGGUGACUUUGCUGCUCAGUAACGUCAUCACCAACGAGACUCUCCCCAUCGUCCUCGAUCGGUCGCUCGGAGGAGGCUGGCCUGCUAUUUUGGGCAGUACUGUACUCAUCGUGAUCUUUGGUGAAAUCGUUCCUCAAUCGAUAUGCGUCCGAUACGGUCUCCCGAUCGGGGCCUGGAUGGCUCCCUGCGUCCUGGUGCUCAUGUACGUCAUGUCUCCUGUCGCUUGGCCCGUGGCCAAGCUGCUGGACAGACUACUGGGUGAAGAUCAUGGAACAAUCUACAAGAAGGCUGGUCUGAAGACUUUAGUGACAUUGCACAAGACUCUGGGCGAGGCGGGAGAACAGCUCAACUCGGAUGAAGUCACCAUCAUCAGCGCUGUGCUUGACCUGAAAGAGAAGUCCGUCGGGAGCAUCAUGACGCCCAUGGAAGAUGUCUUCACCAUGUCCGCAGAUACCGUCUUGGACGAGGCGACUAUGGAUCUCAUUCUGUCCCAGGGAUACUCCCGCAUUCCCAUCCAUGCCCCCGAUAACCAUAUGAACUUUGUGGGUAUGCUCUUGGUCAAGAUGUUGAUCACCUACGAUCCCGAGGAUUGCAAGCGCGUGCGAGAUUUCGCUUUGGCAACGCUUCCCGAGACUCGCCCCGAGACCAGCUGUCUGGACAUUGUCAACUUCUUCCAGGAGGGCAAGUCUCAUAUGGUUCUCGUCUCGGAAUACCCUGGCGAGGAUCGUGGUGCAUUAGGAGUUGUCACCUUGGAGGACGUGAUUGAGGAGCUAAUUGGCGAGGAGAUCAUCGACGAGUCCGAUGUCUUCAUUGAUGUACACAAGGCAAUUAGGCGCAUGGCUCCGGCUCCCAAGUCUCGCGUUCCGAAAGGUCGCAUUGUCGAGGAGCCGCCCAUGCUCUCUCUCGAGUCCGAAACCGACGGCCAAUCCCGUAUGCCCUCUGUUGAUCGGCGUCGCAGCUCCGUGGAAGCUCCUCCGCCUCGCUUUCAUAUGCGCCUCCAGACCUCGGACAAGAAUUCCGACUCGACUGAUGGUUUCCUCACUCACAAAGGGCCCAUUGACGAGAUACGCGAACACCUGAAGCACCUUGGGCCGUCCAACCUGGCCAGCCGCCCUCGUCAAACUCGGUACCAGAACGUGAAGAUCAAGCGAGCAAGCGGCUCUCCCAGCCGAUCGGGACACACUGAUAUGGAUUCCGGGCAGAGCACCUCGGGCUCACAGAUCAUGAACAAUACAUCUGCCGGCUUGGCCGGAGGCAUAGGAGCUGGACUCCUUCAAUCUGGCAUCGACCCCCGAGAUGGUGUUCAAGCUGUCAAGCUAGGCUACGGCACCAUGACCAACCGAGCCUCGGAGAACAGUGCCGUCGAACUAUCUAUCCCAGAAGCCGUCCACGAAGAGCAGGAUGAUAAACCGUCGUCGAGGACGAGCAUCGCCACCAGCACCACAUCGUCCGAUCUGCGGUACCGGCCCGAGGAACGGUCCCGACUAGGCAGUGGUUACCUGCACAAGGGACCCGCCCGCAGCGGCAGCAUCACCGAGCAAAUCGUCGACGUCAACGGAAUCCGCAAAGUCGUCCUUCACACCACCAGCAGCAACACCUCCGACGAUGACGACAGAUCGUCCCCGAAGCAGGCCAAGUUCCCCGUUCGUCAGGACGGCCAGCUCAUCGACCUUGACGACGAGCAAUCUGCCCCCGCUGCACAACCGAACGGGCACAAAAAGAAGAAACGACGCCGCAAGCACAAGUCCCACGCGAAGACCUCGGACGGCCGGCCUGACGAAGUAGCACCCCUGUUAUCUUAA